UGGAAGUGACGUUGCGUGGGGUGGGGUGCCCAUGCACAAUGGGCCAUGGAGUUCCCGUUCGACGUGGAUGCGCUGCUCCCGGAGCGGAUCACGGUGCUGGACCAGCACCUGCGGCCCCCGGCCCGCCGACCCGGAACCACAACGCCAGCCCGUGUUGAUUUGCAGCAGCAAAUUAUGACCAUUGUAGAUGAACUGGGCAAGGCUUCUGCCAAGGCCCAGCAUCUUCCUGCCCCCAUCACCAGUGCGUCCAGGAUGCAGAGUAACCGUCAUGUCAUGUAUGUGCUCAAAGACACUUCAGCUCGACCGGCUGGAAAAGGAGCCAUUAUUGGCUUCCUCAAAGUUGGAUACAAGAAACUUUUUGUACUGGAUGAUCGCGAGGCUCACAAUGAGGUGGAACCACUUUGCAUCCUGGACUUUUACAUCCAUGAGUCACUUCAACGCCAUGGUCAUGGGCGUGAACUCUUCCAGUAUAUGUUGCAGAAGGAGCGAGUUGAACCACACCAACUGGCCAUUGACCGACCCUCACAGAAGCUGCUGAAGUUCCUAAAUAAACACUACAACCUGGAGACCACAGUCCCACAGGUCAACAACUUUGUGAUCUUCGAAGGCUUCUUUGCCCAUCAGCAUCGGCCCCCCGCUCCCUCUAUGAGGGCGACUCGACACUCUCGCGCUGCUGUGCUUGAUGCUUCGCCCGCUGCUCCAGCGAGGAAGCUACCACCCAAGAGAGCAGAGGGCGACAUUAAGCCAUACUCUUCUAGUGACCGAGAAUUUCUGAAGGUAGCUAUGGAGCCUCCUUGGCCCCUCAACAGGGCCCCUCGCCGAGCUACACCUCCAGUCCACCCACCUCCCCGCUCCAGCAGCCUAGGAAACUCGCCAGAACGGGGUCCCCUCCGCCCCUUUGUGCCAGAGCAGGAGCUGCUGCGUUCCCUGCGCCUCUGCCCCCCACAUCCUACUGCCCGCCUCCUGAUGGCUACCGACCCUGGGGGCAGCCCAGCCCAGCGUCGCCGCACCAGUUCCCUUCCCCGCUCUGAUGACAGUCGAUACUGACAGACAGCUAACCCCCUCCCCUCCCUGGGAGACCCUGGGUGGGCAGAGACCCCUCCCCUCGAGAACCCCAGACCCACUCUUCCAUUGCAUCCCACUGGAUCUAGUGGAACCUGACAGAGCACAUUGAAUUCCCUCUUGCCCUUUUCGGACAACUAGGUUGUCAGGGUCUCAGAUGGCCUAAUACCCUGUGGCUUUUCAUGCCAUAGAAAGCAUCCCUUCUCUCCUAACUUGGUCUCUGAACACUCCCACAGACAGCCUGAAUCGCUGCCAGACCCCAUGGUUGGGUAGCUCAUACUAAGUAUCCAGAGAAGCACACACUGGCUUGCUGUCAGACUCUGGAAUACCAUGGAAGGUCCAAGGGCCUCCUCUGCCAGGGAAGCCUUUUAAGGAGUCUUGUCCAUGGAGUGAAUCCCAUAUUUGCUCUACAGUGUCUACUAGUGGCCCUAAUACGGCUUUGUGCUACCUACCACACUUACUUUCAGCCUGCUGACGCCAGCCAAUGAGCUCUGCUUCAGAGCAGUCAAGUAGGACAGGGACUUACCAGCUCCUUAAAGGGAUCCACUCAACAUUGCCAAGCUCUUCAUUACAUGUUUUGUGUAUGUGUGUCAGGGAACCCGAGCUAAUGUCUGCUUUGGGGGUCUAAAGACACCACCACUUCCCCCAGACCUAGAUUCUGUGAGGGAGUUUUUUUCUUGGCAGUAGAUCCCAGCAAGCACCCUGGGAUCACUCUUAGCCAUGUUUCAGGAGAUAAGCCUGAGUCUCAAGGAUCUGUUAGCUCCCAGAACUCCCUCGCAUCCAUCCCUCCCCAGUAGCUAGAUGCUGAUGUAUUCCUGUCUUGUGAGAUUGUCUUGAGAUGAUGGGGAACCCUUCUCUGACCUUCCAUUCUUCUUUUCUCCAUAGCAAGAACCUUUUUCCCUGCUCCAUAUCCAGGGUAUAAAACAUCCUUCCCCCUCCCUACCCUCUGAGAGUAUGGUAGAUCAGGUACCCCACUGUGUUCCCCCAAAUCCUUGGGAGCAGGAUCUCCCUUUCUCCAGACUCAUUCCCCUUUUCCUUUUCCCUCUCAGUGUUGUCUGAAUAAAGUGUGAAUUCCUUUGUGUUUUUUAAAUGGACAUUUUCAAUGAAAAAAACAGCCAAAAAAAACGAA